AUGCCUCAGCUCUGGGCCCUGCUGGCCCUCGGCUGCCUGCGGUUUUGCUUGACCGUGAACAUCCAGCCCCAACUGGCUAGCAUAACCUUUGCCACCAACAACCCCACGCUCACAACUGUAGCCUUGGAAAAGCCUCUCUGUAUAUUUGACAGCUCAGAGCUGCUCACUGGCACCUACGAGGUCUACCUCUAUGUCAUGGCUGACUCAGCCAGCUCCAGGAAUGCCUCUGUGCAAGAUGGUGCCAAGAACCCACUGAGCUCCACGUUCCAGCAAACCCGGGGCGGGAGGACAGGCCCCUACAAAGCUAUGGCCUUUGACCUGACCCCUUGCAGUGACCUGCCAAGCCUGGAUGCUAUCGGGGAUGUGACCCAGGCCUCAGAGAUCUUGAAUGCAUACCUGGUCAGGGUGGGCAAGAACAGUACCUGUCUGUGGGACCCCAACUUCCAGGACCUCUGCAACCCACCCUUGUCUGCAGCGACAGCGUACAGGUUCAAGUAUGUCCUGGUCAACAUGUCCACAGGCUUGGUACAGGACCAGACCCUAUGGUCAGACCCCAUCCGCACCAACUGGCCCACCCCCUACUCUGUCAUCGACACAUGGCCAGGCCGGCGCAGCGGGAGUAUGAUUGUCAUCACGUCCAUCCUGGGUUCCCUGUCCUCCUUCCUGCUUGUGGGCUUUGCUGGCGCCAUCAUCCUCAGCUUUGUGGACACGGGCAAUUCUGAUGGUGAAACAACGCAUGACUCUCAGGUCAUACAGGAGACUGUCCCCAACCCCCUGGGGACCUCAGAGCCUUCCUACACAUCUGUGAACCGGGGGCCACCUCUGGACAGGGCUGAGGUGUAA